AUGCUUAGCCACCGGAUUUGCCAGAGAAGAGCUUUGAUCUACGGCCGGAGAUUGUUCCGUCCUUCUGCUUCUGAGUUCUCCUCCUCCUCCUCCUCCCCCUCUUACUAUUCCUCUGUUUCGCGAUCUUUUCUUUCAGAUAAACCUAAUUCUCGCUUAGAUUUCAAUUUUAAGAAUGUUAAGGGGUAUUGCUUUUCUGCUCAUCCUGUUUUGAACGUUCCCGUGGGGAACGUUGUUGAGAUCCCUUUGGCGCAGACUGGGGAAGGUAUUGCAGAAUGUGAACUUCUCAAAUGGUAUGUUCAAGAGGGUGAUUUUAUUGAAGAUUUUCAACCAUUGUGUGAAGUUCAAAGUGAUAAAGCUACUAUAGAAAUCACGAGUCGGUAUAAAGGAAAAGUUUGUAAUAUUCUUCAUGUUCCUGGUGACAUUGUAAAGGUUGGAGCAACCCUUUUAAAGAUAUCAAUUGAUGAGCCUGCAUGUUCUUCAAUGAAUUUUGGUGCCUCUGAAAAUGCAAAGUCAUCUGAUUCUGAUUCUGAUCAGAUAUCUGUCAAUGAAUCUGCAGUUACUACGAUAAAUUUAGCAGACUCAGAAAAUGUAAAGCAACUAGAUUCUGAUGAUGGAAAGGGGAAACGAGCAGGAGUUCUAUCAACACCUGCUGUGAGGUGUCUAGCAAAGGAGCAUGAACAGCUUCAUGGAGCAGAAGAACACGGAUGUGAUGUGAAAAGUAAAUAUGAUAAGCCUUCUGAGGACACAAUACUACCCCUUAGGGGAUUCCAAAGAGCGAUGAUAAAAUCAAUGUCUCUGGCUGCCAAAGUCCCACAUUUUCAUUAUGUGGACGAGAUAAAUUGUGAUGCCCUAGUAGAGCUUAAAACGUCUUUUCAAAAGAAUAAUCCUUAUCCAGAUGUCAAGCACACUUUCCUUCCAAUAUUAAUCAAGUCACUAUCAAUGGCCAUCAUCAAGUACCCCUCUGUGAAUAGUCGCUUCAAAGAGGAUGCGUUUGAAGUCAUACUCAAAGGUUCGCACAACAUCGGAAUUGCCAUGGCAACACAACAUGGUCUAGUUGUGCCGAAUAUAAAAAAUGUUCAGUCUCUUUCCAUUUCGGAGAUAACCAAAGAGCUAGCAAGGUUGCAACAAUUGGCUUCAGAUAACAAGUUAACUUCUGAGGAUAUAUGUGGUGGAACAAUCACUUUGAGCAACAUUGGAGCAAUCGGCGGAAAAUUUGGUUCCCCGCUUCUUAAUCUUCCCGAAGUCUCCAUUAUUGCCAUCGGUCGAAUUCAGAAGCUUCCUCGGUUUACUGGAGAUGGUAGUGUGUAUCCCGCAUCACUCAUGACAGUUAAUAUUGGUGCAGAUCAUAGAGUUUUGGAUGGAGCAACCGUGGCAAGAUUUUGCAACGAGUGGAAAAAAUUAAUUGAAAAUCCGGAGUUACUAACGUUGAAUUUGAGAUGA